AUGACAACACCCAAGGAAUGGAAGCGGCUUUCCUUUCAAGAGGCUUUGGAAUUGGUCAGACUCCCGGAUGAGACUUCAGCACAACAGCCCAUUCAAAAGUUUAUCAGUCGUCAACCGGCUUGGACUCCUGGCCAGGAGCUCCCAUGGAAUGCGGUUGGCAUCACUCCGCCGAAGAUCACAAGAGGAGCUUACGGCGCAGUUGUAUAUGCGCAAGCAGCUCUCGCUGCUACCCGUGUAGUUGAACAGGAGGAUGACAUUAAGCGCAAGGAGAACAAACGGGGCAUUCAUUCUAUUCAUGCAGUCUUCACCAACCCUGGACUUUCAGAUCGCCCCUUUUUCCUGGAUGUAUCCGAGGUUCACUCAAGUCGCUCAUUCUCUACACGUCUUGUUCACGCUCGUCAGUCAACACAGCCAUCGAGUAACCCUUUGGGUCCUUUCCCUGAGUCGGAUGCUCAAGCACCUCUUGGCAGUCCUUGUUUGACAAGUAUUAUCACCUUCAAACGACCAGUUCCCAGUUCCGAUGAGGUUCAAGAUGUCCCACCCCAGGAGCGAUUCAAAGAGAUCCUCUCUUUGCGGAAGCCGGAUCAAUGGGAUCCUUGCCCACAGGCUGACGUCGACGCCUUGAAAGCAAAAUUCCCAAAUGAAGGUCAUGGGGCGUUCCCCAUCCUAGACAUGUACAAAGUUGACAUGUCAGCCUUCAACACAAACAAGCCGAUACCUGAUCGGAGAGAACUGAUAUACUACCGCUUGCUCAACCCUCUUCCGAAAGAAGAUGCCAAUUCACAUGUCUUGUGCCAUGCAUUCGAAGCAGACCGCAACAGCUUGUUUAUGCUCGGCAAUCACCUAGGCUAUGGUCAUGACUUGGGAAUCGCAGCCAGUCUGAGUUACUCGUUCUACGUGCACGUCAAUGCAGAAGAGGCUGUCAUGGAAGGUAGUGAAUGGUGGAUGCAAGAAGUCUCCUGGCCGCGCUUCAGCGCAGGUAGGGGCGCAAUGGAAAGUCUGAUAUGGAGUCCGCAGGGAAAGCAUGUAGCGACUGGAUAUCAGGAUGGAAUUGUGCUGCCCAUGACAGCAAAACCUGACAGAGAGACGAAGUUAUAG